AUGCUUGCUGGAGAUUCUCUUUGGGGCCAAUGGAUCAGAAGGAAUUUGCUUAAAAAGAAGAGUUUUUGGGAAGUAAAAGAGAGCACGCAGACAGGCUCUUGGGUUUGGAGGAAAAUGCUCAAGUUGAGAGAUGUCGCUAGAACGUUCCAUAUGAAGGUAGUAGGGAAUGGGAGACAUAUUUCCUUCUGGUUUGAUCGCUGGUCGGAGAUUGGGGUGAUGAUUGAGGUACUUGGUGACAGAGGUUUAAUUGAAAUGGGAAUUCAUCGGGAAGCCACUUUGGAGGAGGCGAUUUGGAACCAUCGGAGGAGGAAGAGACAUAGACGGCCUCUGUUAAAUGAAGUCGAAAAGGAGCUGAGUAUAGUCAAAGAGAAGCUGAUUCUGGAUAUGGACGAUGUGGAUUUGUGGAGAUGGAAGUCAGGUUUCAAACCCAGCUUCUCAACUGCUGAGACUUGGUCGAUGACCAGAGAAGUAGCGACGCCAUGCAUCUGGGGGCAGAGUAUCUGGUUCGCACAGGCCACACCAAAAUUUUCCUUCAUGACCUGGAUCGCCAUACGAGACCGACUAGCCACAAUGGAUCGAAUCGCUGUUUGGAAUCCAGGUGUAGACACUACUUGUGUGUUAUGUAAAAGAGCCCCUGAGACAAGAAAUCACCUCUUUUUUGAGUGCUCCUUCUCAUCCUGGAUUUGGGAACAUAUUGUCAAAGGGCUGUUGGGAAGAGCCUACUCGAAUAAGUGGAAUAUAAUGGUGGAGCUAAUAUCUGUUUCGACAAUGGAGAAAAGGAAAAGGUUCUGUCUCAGAUAUGCAUUGCAGGUCACUGUGUAUACACUGUGGUGGGAGCGUAACAAGCGACGACAUGGUGACCCUCCAAGGCCGAUGCAAGUUUGGCUAAAUUCAUAG